AUGGACGACGAAAUAAUAGACGUGAUCACUGAAUGUAAUUUUGAUUAUUUAGAAUCGCUGUACGAACCAUGGAACAAAGUCGAUACAACGUAAGCAAUUAAUCAGAUAUGAUUUUCUAUUGGUUUCUAAACCGAUAGUUAUUUGUCCUUAGGUCUUAUAAUCCAAUUAGUCCUCAAUGGCUAAUACAACUGGCUGAAGACUGGAAUUCUGAACAUGUGAGUGUUAAGUGUGAAUUAUAAAGAUAAAAAAGGUUUAUUUGUUCAUUGUUAUUUUUUAUUUGUAGAGUGUACCUAAAAAUGAUUCUAGAAAAUUAAAAAAACGCUUAUCAGAAAAUGUUUGUGAUGAGUCAAAAUAUCGUGAAAUUCUCAAUAAGUAUAAAGAGAAUGAUGUGUUUGUAUUACCAAAUGGUGAAGAGAUUGUUAGAGUUCGUAAAGAUUCUAGCUCUGAUUCAGAAAUUGAUAUUAUGGAUGGAGAAUCUAUUAAUAAUUUUGAAGAUUGGCAAUCAGUCGUAUCGCAUGGUUUUACCAGAGAUAUUGACAAUAUUCCAGCACCGACCCAAGAACGACAUCUAGAUAGUAAUAUUAUUACUGCUGAUGAAAGAUAUUAUCAUCCAAACUUAUUUGGAAAAAGAGAUGAUAAAAAAUACUUGAAAGUAAAAUAUAUUUGUAUAAUUUUUAUACCUAUCUUAAAAUUAUUAUUUUUCCUUUUUAAAAUAAAAUUUAAUAUGGUUCUUGGUUGGUAUAGGGUAUUCAACAUUAGUUUAUAUACCUACUUAAGUUUAUAUAUUGUAUGCAACAAUAGCAAAAAUAAGAUUAAAGGGAAUAAACUGCUGAACAUAUUUUUAAACAAACUAUAACUGGCAGAAUAUGUUGAGGUACUGCAUAAAAGAAUUUGAGCAUUUGCCUAGCUUUGUUGCAGGUGACCAUUUUGAACUGAAGUUUAGGUAACUUAUGACCAAAGUCAGAAAUGUUAAAAAAAAUGUUUAUAAAGUUUAUUUUACUACAAAUUUAAUUUUACUAAUGAGCAAGAGACUGCCAAUGUCUUUUCUGAAUAUUUCUCAGUAUAUUCUACUAAACAUAUUAAUUUAGAUGCCAAUAAACUUAAAACUUCUACUUUUGACUUGCCUAAUAGUGUUACCUUUAGUGUAGAUGAUGUAUUCUGUACACUGAUACCUAAAUCUGGUAGUCCAUCUUAUGUUUAAAAUUAUUGUCCCAUUUCCAUCCAAUCACAUAUUUUAAAAUUUUCAUCUUUAGUUCUAAAUGCCAUACAACCUACUGUAAAUUUUAUUUCUGCUAAUGAACAUCGUGGUUUUCAUCCAAGUCUGUCUAUCUACUAUUACAUGUAAUCUUGUAUCCAAUAAUUAUUUUCAAUGUCAAGUUGAAUUAGUCUAUAUUGAUUUUCGAAAAGCUUUUAACCCAGUCAAUCAUAUGGUAGGCAUACAUAUUCUCAAAGAAUCUAAUUUUGGCAAUCCACUUCUGUCUUGAUUUAGAACCUUUCUUAGCAACGGGUAUCAAUGGGUUUUCAUCAAAGUUUUUGAUGUAAAAUCUAAUUUGUUUCUAGAUUCUUUGGAUGUCCCUCAAGGGUACAUCUAUCCCCAAUAUUAUUUUUCACUUUUUAUUAAUAACCUCCAUCACCUACACCACUGUUGUUUUCUUUGUUUUGUUGAUGACAUUAAGUUAUAUUUGUGUGUUAGCACACCCAAUGAUUGCACUAAACUUCAAUCUGAAUUGAAUUAUUUUGUAAAUAAUUAAUUCAAUACCUUAGGUUUAUCACUUAAUCUCUAUAAAUCUAAAAUUAUGACAUUCACUCGAUCCCACUCUCCCCUUAUGUACCCAUAAUUCCUUAAUGGUUCUGAUGUUUCUCUUUCUGAAGACUGUCAUGAAUCUCGGUCUUAAGCUUUAAUCUUUACAGUGCUCACAUCAAUUGCGUUGGUUGUAAGACUCAAAACCCUUGGUCUUGUCAUGCUUUUGGUAAAGGACUUAAAGCUAGAAUCAUCGUUAAAAACGCUUUUCUAUGCACUUGUGCGUCCUAUUUUGGAAUAUGGAGCCAUUGUCUGGUAUCCCCAUACUGCUGAUAAUGAAAGACAAAUUGAAAGUGUUCAAUGCAGGUUCCUUUGCUAUGCUAGCUUUACACUAAAGAUACUUUGUGUUCUCAUAACUAUACACUGAUUGCUUCUCACCUUAGUUUAGCCUCUUUAGCCAAGCGUCGCUGAUCUACGAAUAUUAAGUUCCUUACAGGUUUAUUAAACAACACUAUCGAUUCGCCUACCCUUCUUUUUUGAACCUGUUUCAAGGUUCAUCUUGUUCUACUGCUAUCAUCUAUGUCCUGCAUGCCACCACCACCAACUACAUGACUAAUAAAUCUUUAAGAAGUCUAAUGUCAUGCCAAUGCAGAUUCUGCUUUUAAUGAUUUAUUGAUCUAAUUAUGUGUGAUUUCUGUUAUCACAAAUGUUUAAUGUUACGUGUUAAAAAGGACAGCCUGUAUAAUAAAAAUUAAAUAAAAAAAUCAGAAACUUUUAGGUAUGACUUGAAAAAUCAAAUCAUUUUUAAUAACUGUAAAAGAGUUUUGUGAAAAAUUAAAAAGAAUAUUCUUUAUAUUCUGAAUCUAAAACUUCUCUCAACACAUUUUAUUUCUUUUGGCAUGAUUAAUGAUAAAUUGACAAACAAUAGCUGAUGUAAAAUAUUUAAAUAUAUUUAUAUUAUUUUAAAUAAUAAUAUAAAAUCACACAUAAGUACUUCAUACUGUGAAUAAGACUUUAUUAUUAAUCUAAAGUUCAUGAACAGAGUAUAGGUAUAUGUUUUUUUUUUGUGGGGGGGGGUCAAUUAUGUUUUUCCUUUAUAGGUGAAAUAUUCAUAAAAAGGAUCUAGUCUUAAAAAUAAUUAGUUUUUGUAAAUUAGUAGUUAUAUUUACAUAGUUAACUAUAUUUUAUAAAUCUAACAUUGCUCAGAAUCAUUUUUCAAAUAAUCAUAUAUAACUGUUGUUUUUGAUCUUUAAUUUGUAUUAUAUAUUUUAGGUUAGAAAUACUAUUUUAGAAAUUUGGAAAUCAAAUAAACCAUGUUAUGUAUCAAAAACAUUAGCUAAACAAAAGUUAAAAAAAUGUGCAUCAGCAAAAGAAAUAGGACAGAUCCAUACAUAUCUUGAACAUAGAGGAUAUAUAAAUUUUGGAUGUGGUAAGAUAUAAUUUAUUACAAGUUAUUAUAAUUUGAAUUAAAAUUAUUUAUUUGCUCUUAGGUGAAUGUAAAUACAAUAAAAAUAUUAAAAAACAAGAAUUAAUUAAUAACAGAAUACUAAAAUCUCAGUAUAAUUUAAAGCCACCUUUUGUCCACAAAAAAACUAAAUCUUUUAAAAAGGUAAGUUUUUAUUAAUUUCAACUUUUAGAAAUAUAUAUUUAUUUACCAAAUCUAACCCUAUGUAUAUUAUGUUUCAGAUAAAAGCAAUGGGUGGUUACACAAUAUGCCAUGAAAAAUCAACACCUCAGCGGGAACAUAACUACUCAGUUUCCAAACAAAACAAACAUAAGUAA